AUGGCCGUCUGUUUAUCAGGAUUACCAACGCCAAAAGCCUUCGACUGCAUUGGCGAACCAGCCACGCUGGAACAAAGAUGGACAAUCUGGAAGUCCGAAUUUGAGCUCUACUGCACUGCAUCUGGCAUCAAAGACUCGAAACAACAACGAGCAAUACUUCUUCACCUAGCAGGAGCUGGAAUACGAGAAAUUUUUCACGCUUUUACGGCUGAACAACAGGGGGAGGACUAUAAAACAGCCAUGGACUCCCUCACUCAACACUUCAAACUCAAGAAAAACGUACCGAUGGCCAGGCAAGCCUUCUUGACAGCGGUACCAAAACCCGGUGAGAGGAUUCAUCAAUUUGCAAUUAGACUGCAAACCCUUUGCGAACACUGCGAGUACAACGACCAAAAGGACAGUCAAAUUCGAGAUAGAAUUUUGACCUUUAUAUUGGAUAAACCCCUCAAAGCAAAACUCUUUCGUGAGGAAGGUCUGACUCUCAGCAAGCUCCUGGAAAUUGUCAACACGUACCAUGACAAAGAAGCACUAGUUCUUGUGCCAGAUCAAGGUGGUGUUAACCAAUUGAGAGUACAACAGAAGCCUGACAGUGCUGGUCCCAAGUUUGAUGGCAGAUGUCAUCGUUGCAAUAAGCAGGGUCAUAAAGCUGCUGACUGCAGAUGUAGCCAAAAUCACCAAUGUGAAAAAUGUGGGAAAAUAGGACAUUUCAAGGUCUGCUGCAAAUCAAAGCAGACAUCUGGAAAAGCAAAGUCUGCAAGUGGACCAAAAUCAAAGGGCAGGAAGCCAUCUCAUGUAAGACAAGUGAAAGCUGUUGAUGUUCAAGAAACUGAUAGCGAAGAGGAAGAAGAUGUUUUUAAUGUAUUCUGCACGCACACAGAGUCACCGCCUGGUACUAUGGAGAUAUCUAUUGGAGGUGUUAUACAGAAUGUCAUCAUUGAUUCGGGUGCAAGCUGUAACCUUAUGUCAGAAAGGACAUUCAAUGACUUAUCAAAAGGAGACAUUGUUUUGAAGCCAAGUAGCAAGCAAAUUUUUGCAUAUUCGUCUAGUGAUGCUUUAAAUCUUAAGGGUAGUUGUAUGCUUAAUGUGCAUGUACCAGAAACAAAUGUGGAUAAGCGCGCAAAGUUUUUCAUUGUCUCUGGAAAAGCGUCAACUUUGUUAGGUCGUGAGUUAUCUGAAGCUCUAGGCAUACUCAAAGUAGGAGUUCAGGUUAAUAGUUGUAGCUCAGAUUUCUCAGAUAUAAAUACUCAGUUAAACAGCAAAGCAGCGCUUAAGGCCAAAUUUCCUAAUGUUUUUCAUGGUUUGGGCAAGCUUAAAGGUUUUAAACUCAAGUUACAUAUUGAUCAGAAUAUUAAGCCAGUAGCACAACCAUUGCGUAGGAUUCCCUUUAGUCGCAGGCAGAAGGUCGCUGACAAGUUGGAGGAACUUGAGAAGCUUGGUGUGGUGGAAAAGGUAAACAGUCCUACAAGUUGGAUCAAUCCCCUUGUGGCAGUCGAAAAGCCAAAUGGAGAUGUUCGCAUUUGUUUGGACAUGCGCCAGGCCAAUCAGGCUAUCUUAAGAGAAAGACACCCAGUACCUACUAUGCAAGAAACCCUACAAGAAAUCUCAGAUGCAAAGAUUUUCACCAAAUUGGAUUUAAACAUGGCUUUCCAUCAAAUCGAGUUAUCCCCAGAGUCCCGAGACAUAACUACUUUCGCAGCGCCAACAGGUUUAUAUCGCUACUGUCGAUUGCUCUUCGGUGUGAACAUGGCUACCGAGAAGUUCCAGAACCUGAUAUGGCAAGUUUUGAAAGACUGCCCUGGAGCCUUCAACAUGCAUGACGACAUUCUUAUAGUGGGUAGGAACCAAAAGGAGCAUGACGAGAACCUGGAAAGAGCUGUCCAAAAGCUGCAAGACAGCGGGCUCACCCUCAACUAUGAGAAAUGUGUGGUAGGAGCCUCGAGUAUGGAUUUCAUGGGAGACACCAUUUCUGCAGAUGGUCUUAAGUUAUCUGACAAAAGAGUCGAAGCAAUUGUCGAGGCACCUGCACCAACCAACCAACCAAUCAGAGGUGAGAAGUUUCCUUGGUUCUGCUCAAUUUUGUGCCAAAUUCAUUCCACAGUUUGCAACCAUUUCUGCUCCCCUGUGGGAUCUUACCAGUAA